AUGGAUGAUACAGAGAUUUGGUGGAAAACCAUAACUCACACUUAUGAUGUGACUACUAUAACUUAUGAUGUUUUCAAGCAACUUUUCUAUGAGAAGUAUUUUUUGGUUCCCAAGAAGAGGGAAUUAAGGACAGAGUUUGUCAAUCUUAAGCAAGGGAACAUGUCAGUUACAAAGUACGAGAACAAGUUCACAUCUAUCUCUUGGUUUGAACUGGAGAUAGCUAAUGAUGAGGAAGAGAAGACAUUGAAGUUUGUUAAUAGCCUUAAUUUCACUAUUAGGCUGGCAGUAGCAACGGCAAAGUUGACAGAGUAUGCAAAGGCAGUAAGAAAGGCCUUAGUUGUUGAGGCAGAGAGCAAGAGUAGAUAG